AUGGACCCUCCUCAAGAGCAAGCGGAGAAGGUAUCCGAGGCAAAGUCGGCAUUUGCUACUGCCCGGCAAACACAUACAGGGGAAAUCACAUCAGAGGCUCCCGUCUCCAACGAAGAGAAGUCUGCUACCCAAUCCCCCAAGGAACCAGCACCAACGCCAGUUCCAAGGACUGCGUCCCCGGUCGUGCCCGAACCGGAGCAAAUCACAAGACGAAUCAUGAAAGUAGUAUUCGCUCCUUGGACUGCUGGACCGAGGGAGCCGGGGGUCGAUGGAGAUGCAACUGGAUCAAUACCAAGGCCACGAAUUAGUGAGACAGGAUUUGAAAUUUGGAAAGGAGGACUGCGGAGCAUCGAGCCGGAAAAGUAA